AUGAAGCUCCUUCGCAGCGCACUCUACGUGGCCUCGGUCGCUGCUCUUCUUGGCCAGUCGGUCUGUGCCUUCGAUCCCCUCAGCCGCAUCAACGUCGUCAACUACUGGGGUCAAAACUCGGUGUCGUACGCGGGUGGAAAGGAAGGCGACUUGAUCGACUACUGCCAGGACGGAACCGUCAACGUCUUUGCCUUGGCCUUCAUCUCCCAGAUCCAAAACGGUCGUCCCAUCCUCAACCUCGCCAACCACUGCGAACAAACCUUCCCCGGUACCACCAUCCUCAACUGCCCCAAGAUCGGUCAAGAUAUCAAAGCAUGUCAAGCCAGCGGAAAGGCCAUUGUUAUUUCUAUAGGUGGUGCCUCGGGUGCUUAUUCCUUACCGGAUGCCGCGGCGGGGCGUACGUUUGCAGAUCAGAUCUGGGAUCUGUUUUUGGGGGGUUCCUCAGGUACGAGACCAUUUGGGGAUGCGAUUUUGGAUGGUGUUGAUUUGGAUUUGGAGUCGGGUCAGAAUGCAGGGUAUGUUGCCUUUGUGGAUUCGUUGAGGACCAAGUUUGCGGCCUCCGGUGGUGCUCGUCGCUACUACAUUACCGCGGCCCCGCAGUGCCCUUACCCUGAUAUGGCGACCAAGGACGCAUUGGAACACUCCUGGUUCGACUUGGUCUGGGUCCAGUUCUACAACAACUACUGUGGCGUCAACAGUUUUGGUUCAGGCUCCAGCUUCAACUUUGCGACUUGGAACAACUGGGCCACAACUGUCUCGCUUAACAAGAAUGUCCGCAUCUUGCUCGGUGUCCCUGGUGGUCCGGGAGCUGCGGGGACUGGUGUGAUUGAUGCCGCUCGAUUGAACAACAUCUUGGCCUCGGUCAAGUCGUACUCAAACUUUGGAGGUGUGAUGAUGUGGGAUGCGGGGAUUGCGCGUCAGUCCGGCCUUGCGGCCAGCGCGGCGCGCUUCUUGCGUGGUAGUUCGUCCGGUGCUUUGGACACACCCAAGCCUCCUGCUCCCUCUGCUGCACCUACUCCUCCUGCCGCCCCUGCUCCUCCAAGUGUCACCAUUCCAACCGUGACCCCUCCUCAAGUCCAAGUACCUACCGUCACCGCCCCUGCUACCGUCAUUGCGCCCAAGCCCACCGACAACAACAACCAACAUCAACCCCCCACACCGGCCCCUACCCCUGCUGCUGCUGCCCCUCCUCCCCCUCCUCCUCCUCCUCCUCCUGCCGCCAGUGGAGCGACUACAACCACUACUCUCGACAUCUCGGCCGCGAUCCCAACCUUGAACGUCAAAGUUUCUGACGACGGCAAGCCGACAAUAGUCCGCGUCCACGUCCACAACUCGACCCAAAAGUCCUACGAGCCCGAAUGGGUCACAGCCUGGGACUGGCAGGGUCACCCUUACAAGAUCCCCAGCUACAAGCCUGGUCAGUCGUCCGUCGCCCCCAACGCCGGCUUUGAUAUUGUCGUCGAGACCAAUUGUCGCAACUGA